CCCCUCCGCCGGUCCCUCCCCCGGCGGCCUGGCGCCUCCCUCCCUCCCCGCCGCGGUGACUCACUGAGCGGGAGGCGGAGGCUGAGGCGGCCGCUCCCGCUGCUGCUGCCGUUGCUGCUGCUGCUGCUGCCGCCGCGGCUGCUCGGGCUGUGCGCGCCCCGGAACAGGCCGCCGCGCGCCGCUCUCGGACCCGCAGCCCCCGCCCGCCCGGCCGGGUCGGGCGGCCCAGGGCUGCACCUUCCUCCUUCUCCCCGGCCACAACCUGCCCGUCACAGUUGAGCACGUGUUUUCCUGAAGGUGAUUUCCAGAAGCAGGAGUCCCCAGAGCUGGCCAGGGGAUGAACCGCGAGGGGGCCCCCGGGAAGAGUCCGGAGGAGAUGUACAUUCAGCAGAAGGUCCGAGUGCUGCUUAUGCUGAGGAAGAUGGGCUCCAACCUGACGGCCAGCGAGGAGGAGUUCCUGCGCACCUACGCGGGGGUGGUCAGUAGCCAGCUCAGCCAGCUGCCCCAGCACUCCAUCGACCAGGGUGCAGAGGAUGUGGUGAUGGCGUUUUCCAGGUCGGAGACGGAGGACCGGAGGCAGUAGCUGCAAACCCCUUGGAAUACCCUGGAGGCUGGCAAAGACCAGGAGAUCUGUGUGGACCUCACUGGCUGAGUGGCAGAGGGUCACCUUCCCUACCCCGACCCCCCACCCCACCCUUUCCCGUCCUGCCCCACGGCCACUCAGCAUCCUCGAGGGAGACACCAGUGGUGCAGUUACGAUUGGCUUAAAGGGACAGACUCAUGAUUGGCUGCGGGAAGAAACCUUUUUAUUUUUAAAUCUCGACCAACGCAAACCUUUUUAUUUUUAUUUCUGACUCUUAUUUUUUUUUUUAAAAAAAAAUUGCGCCUCGGUGUAUGGCUUCUCAGGAAGCUCUCCGAGCUCUGGUGCUUUAUUUCGGUCACUUUUUAGGAAUGUGAAGAGGUCCGAUUGGCUGCUUAAACUGGAAAAGGAUUUUUGAUUGGCUGGCUAAUGGGAAACGGUUUUUUUUCUUUGAUUGGCUGCAGGUGUUCUGCUGAUGGCAACAGCCCCUCUCUUUUGAAUGUUGAAAACAGGGUUUGGGACGUUGGUUGUUAUAUUUGACUUGAAAAAGAAAGAAAGAAAGAAACCAA